CUAUCGCUCGGUCUCUUUCACUUGGUCAGCUAUAUACGCGCCGCAUCUCUCGCUCACUCCACCGGCGGCGAGUUUCUCGGUCACGGCUACACACUCAGCGGCAGCAGCAGCAGCAGCAGCAGCAGCAGCUUCCUAUCCUCUCUGUCACGGCUACUGCUCUAUAGAGGCGAUCGCGAGAGAAAGAGAGACAUACUGCUGUAUAUCCCCACGCAGCAGCGUGUCCGAGAGGCGCGUGGCGGCGCAGAUUUUUGACCUACAAAAACGCGCGCCGAGGAGGAGCGAGGAGGAUAGACAUUACAACGUAGAGAGCGAGAGAUGCUGCCGCUGCCGGCGCCGAGACUCCGCUGAGUCGGUUUCCCGAGCUCGAGACGAGCUGAUCGCUAUAUAGUACGCUCCUGCGUGAUAUCCGCGAGUUCUACUACCCAUACACGUGUGCAGUAGCUUCAAUACGUACUUGUACUCUCGGUACAUAUACCUGCUCAGGACAGUCGUGCAGCAUCGACCAGAGAGAGGCUGCUGAUCAGCCAUGAGGAUUUCCGCGGCUGCAGCCGGCCUUAUACUACUGACGAUCGUCGCGUUUGUCGGCAUCGACGCGGCGACAGCGGAACCCGGAGCCAGACAUGACAACGUCGAGCUGGAGUUCAACGACGAGGAGGAGGACCGAGAGGAGAUCUCGACGUCGCUGAAAGUGGAGAACAUUGCCGGUGCCAGCGCAUCGAGCAACGCGAGUUUCGCCGAGGCUCGAUCCCGUCUUGGUUCCGCUGCCGAUAACGCAACGAGGGAGCCGAUUAGCGCCGACGCCACGAACAACGAGGAGCAACAGAAGGAAGACGGCGAGAAGCCGGAAGAAUUGCCGGAGCCGCUGGAGCUGAGGUAUGCCAGGCCGGGCAAGUUCCGGAGGAGGCCUUACUUCUCGCCGCCCACGCGACGAACUUCCGUCAAUCGGAGAAACGUCUAUCCUGAUAAGCCACUGAGGGGUUCAUCCUCGUCGCUGAGACCGGCCACGAGACGUCCCCCGGAUCCAAAGCGGGCCCCGACCGAAGCCGAGUGUACUUUCUUUUCGAAAACCGUCUGCUUGGAGGCAGCCGAUUAUCCCAUGGAGGCCAUAAUGCGGAGCAUUCGCAACAACAAAGACAUGGUCGCCGCUCUGCUAACGGACUUCGACAAUCGGGACGGUGGACUGAGCGAGGACGAUGAUAUUCCAACGUCAUCGUACAAAACGAGCUACGACAAUAGAUACGACAAGCGAUACGAGAACCGCUUCGAGACCAGUAACGAGAUCAAAAGAAAGUACGAGUUCAGUCCACCCUAUGAGAACGUGGAAGAGGGCUUCACCUGCCCGUCGCUGGUUCAGUACGCGAGACCGCAGCUGGCGCGUGCAGCCUCCGGUGUCUGGAAGUACAUCAUCAACACCGGCGAGCACACGCAGACCCUGAGAUUGGAGAAAUGCUCAACGCCACGCACGAGUUGCUCCUUCAUCUCGGAGAACUACAAAUCGUCCUGCAUGCAAGUCUACAACUAUCACCGCUUGCUCACCUGGGACUCGAAGUUGGGUCUGCACAUGGACAUCUUCAAGGUGCCGACAUGCUGCAGCUGUCACGUGCACGGAUACACCGAUCUCUUUCCGCCUCAUCAGAGCGACCCGCCCGUCAAGGCCCAGGAAACUUUCCCCGGAGCCGAUUUCGCCACCGGCGACCACCACCUCAAAGGUUCGAGCCACAUCAACAAGUACGUCAACAGUCUGGACUCGGCGGCCCUGAACCUCUUCCGGGAUAGCUACGGAGGCAGCAGCAGCUCGUCGGACCAGGACGAGACGCAGCUGCAGCACUCGAGCAGCUCGAGGAGGCCCAGCAUCGCGAGACCUCCGCGGCCCAAGAGGCCCAGUUCCAACGUGCCGCGGCCCUUCGACAAGCUGCCGCAGCAACACGCGCCCAACACCAGAGCUCCGGGUUACAAGGGACCAAGACCACAUAGGCCGAACCGGCCCUUUCGUAGAGAAUCCGCGGUACCGGAGGUAUCGGAUUAUUCGGAAAGCCCAAGCAAUAUUACGCUUAACAGGUAUAGCCAAGCGUUCGAGCAGGACACACUCGAGCAACCCACUAUCAGACUUCAGAACGGCGGCUUCGACGACGAGUACCAGGAGCACACGCAGAGGCGCAUAAACUACGACUACCAUCCCAUAAUCGACUUCUUCAAGCCCGAUGCGCAAAUGCUCAAGUCCGACGAGCCGAUGCAGGCGUCCGCCUCUUCAUCGAUCCUGCAGCAACAGCAGCAUCAGCAGCAAAUACAGUAUCAUCAGUCGCAGCAGUUGCAGCAGCGGCCGUCGCAGCUGCAGCACGCGGAUCUCGAUUCGUGGAAACCCAUCUUUAAACCCUGAAAUUGCGUGUGAUCUUAUGCGCGUUCUCUCUCGCUCACUCAUCGAAUGUACCUGAGACCUCGAUAACGUAACAAGCUAUGUGUUUUAUACUUGGUGGAAAAGACGAAGGAAGAUGUGACUCGAUUAUAAGUUUAUUGUUAUUUAUGAAUUUUUCGAAAUUUCGUUCUCAUCUUCUCUUUAUACGUGCGGCUAUUUAUUCGACUCGAUCGUGAUCCGAAAUUACGUUACUACAUCGUCGUUGUAUCAGUAUGAUUAUUGAUAGGUUCUUUUUUUUACCUGAACUAAAGUUUAGCUUGUAUCUUAAUUUAAUCUACCCUUUUUGUACAUGCGUUUAAUGUUUAAUUUUAUUUAUGUUGUACUAUAUAAUAGGUACUCUAUAUGCGUAGGAAGUUUAUUGCAUGCUGUUUUUGUAUAAGUCGUUUGUACAUUGUAUUCACUUGUAAUAAAUGUUUUUGGUGCUUUAUUUUUUAA